AUGGCUGGGAGAACAAAAGAGGAGGAAGAAAAUAAGAAACCCAUAUGUGGAGAGGUCGGGAGGAAACGACGAAUUAUUUUGAGUUCUGAUGUUUUACAACGCGAGGCUGGGAGGACUCGACGAGUCAUUUCGAGGCCCAAUGUUUUACGUGGAAAGAUCAUGAGGACUCAACGAGUUGUUUUGAGCCCCUAUGUUUUACGUGGAAAGGUCGGGAGGACCAAACGAGGUGGGGAGGACCCUACUAGUCGUUUCAAGCUCGAUGUUAUAUGUGAGAGGUCAAGAGAAUCCAAAGAGAAGUUCUGCCCCCUGGCUAUUUUAGUACGAAGGUCGAGAAGGAUCGGCGAGAAGUUUCAUACCAUAGUUAUUUUCGUAGAGAAGUCGAAAAGACCAAAUGAGGUGUUUCGCGCCACAAUUAUUUUCGUAGAGAUGUCAGAAAGACCCACUAGGGUGUUUCUCGCCACGAUUAUUUUCUUAGAGAGGUCUGAUCAAUGA